CCAAGAAUUUUCACAUGACAGAGACAGACCGACAAUUUUCUACCGUUGAUGAAAGCAAUUUGUACUGCACGAUUAGUCAAAAAGCUUAAAAUCAUAUCAUAGUUAUCCAAAAUAGGCACUUCAUUUCCCACCAAUCAGGAUGAUCCUCAGGAGUACUUCACAUACCACAUCUCAUCCAUAAAUAGUGCUUCCAUUUGGUUCACACUCCAUCACAAGAACAUAAUCCAAAACCUCUUUACCAACUAGUACGUCUCAUUUGGCUCUCAUUUCUGUGGCUGAAGAAUUAUUCAAUGGCUGGAAAGAGCAAGGUUUUGAUCAUUGGAGGCACUGGAUACAUCGGAAAGUUCAUUGUCGAAGCCAGUGCAAAAGAGGGUCAUCCCACUUUUGCUUUAGUUAGAGAGAGUACGGUUUCUGAUCCUGUUAAGGGAAAGGUUAUUGAGAACUUCAGGAACUUAGGGGUCCAAUUGUUGUGCGGGGAUCUUUACGAUCAUGAGAGUUUGGUUAAGGCAAUAAAGCAAGUUGAUGUGGUGAUAUCCACCGUUGGUGGCAUGCAGUUAGCAGAUCAAGUUAAGAUCAUUGCUGCCAUUAAAGAAGCUGGGAAUGUGAAGAGAUUUUUUCCAUCGGAAUUUGGAAAUGACCCCGACCGGGCUCAUGCCGUUGAGCCAGGGAAAACAGUAUUCACAAUCAAGGCUCAAAUCCGCCGUACUAUCGAGGCUGAAGGAAUCCCUUACACUUACGUGUCCUCUAACUGCUUUGCGGGGUAUUUUAUUCCUAACUUGGCACAGCAAGGAGCCACUGCUCCCCCAAGAGACAAGGUUGUUAUCCUAGGCGAUGGAAAUACUAAAGCUGUUUUCAACGAUGAAGGUGAUAUUGGCACCUACACCAUCAAAGCUGUUGAUGACCCCAGAACAUUGAACAAAAGCCUGUACAUCAGGCCUCCUAAAAACACCUAUACGUUUAACGAGGUUGUUGCCCUGUGGGAGAAACUGAUUGGCAAAACCCUUGAGAAAACAUAUGUUCCAGAGGACCAACUUCUCAAACAGAUCCAAGAGUCUCCCAUUCCAAUCAAUGUGAUAUUGGCAAUCAGUCAUUCAAUCUUUGUGAAAGGUGAUCACACCAACUUUGAGAUUAAGCCGUCAUUUGGAGUCGAGGCUUCCGAGCUAUACCCUGACGUGAAAUAUACCACUGUGGAAGAACAACUCCGCCGUUUUGUUUGAGAAAAAAAUUGAAUCAUAGCUCUUUGUUAAAACUACUACUAGUAAUAAUGAAGGCUGUACCAUCGCCCCCCAAUUUUUUUUUAACGUCAUUGUAGCAGAAUACUUCAUUUCACCAAAAAUAAUACUUGAUCCCCUUUUUUCUAGUAAAA